AUGAAAAGAUUUCCACAACGUACAUUGUCUGCUGAUGAUGAAGAAAACAAAAAAUUUAUUUUGAAUUUUAGAGCUUCAAAAGAAAUUGCUUUGAGUUGUUUUUCACCCGACGUAAGAGAAAAUAUGACUAAAAUAUUUGAAGAAAUGUUGUGUGAAUUUUUAUUUGAUAUUCAUAUGGAAUUACGUAUGAAUAUUGCUGACCCAAAAUGGUUUAGUGCGCCUUGUGAUGAAAUGAUGGACACCAAAUUACUUGAAUUGGCUAUCAAUUUGAAUAUCACUAAAGGAAAUCAGGAUGUUGAGUGUCCUAACUGUUGUAUUCUGGUUAAAUGUCCAUGGAUGUCUAAACAUUUAGCAGGAUGCGGAAAUUCUCAACAAAAUACAUAUUCAUAUAGUAGCAGAAACAGCUCACGUAUAGCACGGCAACGUAUACAAGAAGGUUUUAAGACUUCUUAUGAUGAGUCCAAACUCGAUGAUGAUGAUGAUGAUAAACAAAUUAAAAUAAAGCCAAAGAAACGUAAUAAUAAAACCAAAAAGAAACCUGCAAAAUAA